GCUCUUCAAAAGUGAAACUUGGAGUCGGAAGAAAAAGAAAAUAUAUAUAUAGGACUCAACGGAUCUUGUUCUUAGUUUUCUUAUAAUUAUCAGAAACCGAAAGACUCUCUCUCAGCCAGAGUCUUUUCAGUAUUUUCAAAAUUUUCCGAUGAGGUGUAAGAGACAUACAGUUGACUCCAGCAGCACUAUCGGCGUUUGCGCUUCUUGUCUCCGUGAACGUCUCUUCUCUCUCGCCGCCUCUGAAGACAACGAUCAUCAUCAUCAUGUCCAUUCAAGAACUUCUCCUCCUCCUCCUCCUCCUCCUCUGGUUUUCCCUCGCUCUGUUUCUCCUUACGCUGCUGCUAGAAACUCCGACGCCGGAGGAGGAGGAGACUCUUUAGCUUCUUACGGCGGAGAAGGAUCAAAGUCAUCGGAAAAAGUCUUUGAAACCAACCGAUCGGUUAAGAAGAAACAGACCGGUUUAUCUCGGUUCUCUACCUUAUUCGGAACGGACCGGUCAUGGUUCUCCAUGGUCCUCUCCCCACGGUCGAAAACUACUACGUGUUACAUCGAGGACUUGAUCGCCGCCGAAUCAAAUCAUCACCAGCAACGACCUAGGCAUAGCUACUGCAAAGGAAUGUCUCCGGCGAACGAGCUGGAAUCUUUUGAUGAUUCUCCGGGGAGAGCGAGAAGAACGCCGGCGACGACGGGAACUCCGGGAAGAAGAAAGACGGCGGCGACGACGAUGGGUUUGUGCUUGAGUCCGCUAGUGAGAGCUAAGCCUAACUGUUCUUUUGGAUAUACCGGUUAUCAUCCAAAAUCUCCGGUUAAGCCACACAUUUCAACGGCGACGUCUUUUAGCGCGAACCGGUCUAAGAAGCUGGCCGAUUUUGGUAGAGCUGAUAACCGCCGUUGACUUUUCUUUCUUUCUUUAUUUGGUUAUAAUUUGACCGUUCUAUACGAAAUUACCUAAAAUGUCACUCACAAUAUUCAACGUAAGUUAUAUGGUGGCUUUA